AUGGAGGAUAGCAACAAUGAUAUUAUCAUCUAUGAGAGAAUUAAGACUGAGGAGGCAGAGUAUCUGUACUCUAUCACACUGGAAGCGUGGAAGGCAACCCUAAAAACUCCAGAGUUCGAUAGGUCUAAACACCACCCAUUCGGCGAAUCAGUGUACGUUUUGCCAAAGACUCUAUCGACGAAACUCGACGAUACGACUCUGCAAGUGGUUGAGUUCAUCUUCAGCACCACGGCUAAAGACAAUGGCAAGUUUGUCGUGGAUACUCAAACCAGUAACCUUACCCGUUCCCAACUACUUUCAUUGAAGGAUAAAAAUUGGUUGCAUAGCCAAGUACUUGUAGUAAACAGACUAUUUCUAAAUAACAAAGAAGUACGCAAGGAGGUGGUGAAGAGAAUUGUCUUUCCAUGA